UACACAGACCGGUGUGUGUCUGACCUUUUUAGCUGCUUUUGAGUCCUAACUUUGUUGCUCAGAUAGAACCUUUGUUUUAAAUUUCCUAUUCGUAACGCCUGGUCUGAGUAGUAACCAAAUACAACUCUUAUCAGCUGUUGUUUGAAGGAGCAGCUAGAAAGUUUGAGAAUAUUUAGGAUUUGACCCAGAUUCAGCAUUUGCAACCGUACUCACAGCAUCCUCCCUGAGUUGCUACGGCAACCGUGUCAGUCAGCUGCAGGUCUGGGAUCAUAUGAACAUAGACGAAUACAUUGAAGAAGAUGAGGAACCACCUUUGCUGCUCAGCUCUUGUCCUACUCACGGUGUUGAGCUGCGGUGGGACUGCAGCGGUGCAGUGUCGGUGGGGGGAAGGGUGUGUGUGUCUGCAGUGCUCUGCAGGUCAGGAGCCAACGAAGGCGUGCGGGCAGAUCCAGGGUGCAGCGGAGGAGGUGCAGUGCAGACUGUGUCCAGCUGGAACCUUCUCAGAGGCUCUGGACUCUGAACUCUGCCGUCCACACACCUCCUGCAGGUCCCUGGGACGGAAGGUGGCGUCCCCCGGCUCUGCGACCUCAGACGCCGUCUGUGGGGACUGCCUGCCCCGGCUCCGCUCUGCCGCCGCAGGGGAAGUUGCCACAGACAGCCCCUGUGUGGAAACAGCCCUGCGCCCCCGAGCGGUGCGCACCGUGGGCAACGGCCCGUCCGGCAGCGCCGGGGCGGCGGCCAACGGCACGGUGGUCCGCAGCGCGGAGGAGAAGUCGGCCGAGUACGCCGUGUUCGCCCUGGUGCCGGUCUUCUGCGUCAUGGGCCUGCUGGGCAUCCUCAUCUGCAACAUCCUGAAGAAGAAGGGCUACCGCUGCACCGCCGAGAAGGAGGGAGGGGACGAGGAGCUGGCCGCGCCGCAGAAAGAAAGAAACAGUUGUCCCUACAUCUCUGACGACAUGAAUGAAGACACCAUCAGUGUUUUGGUUCGCCUCAUUACUGAGAAAAAAGAAAAUGCUGCUGCCCUGGAGGAACUGCUGCUGGAGUACGAGAACAAACAGAUGUCCAUAAGCAAAGGCUCGUCAAUCAAGUUUCCCAUGCUGUCUCCACUCGCUCCCUUCCGCUCGCUCCCCAGGCUCUGCCACCAUCAGUCCCACCUCCACACCAUCUCCGGUCUCUCCGGCCUGGCUCCCAAACACGGCUACCGCUGCUCGCGCUGUGCCCAGAGGAAGUGGCCCCCGGUUCUGAUUCCUCCUCUGGAUUCCCUCAAGGACCCCCUGAAGCCCCCACAGAGCCUCAUCCUGCCGUCCCUGGACAAAGCCACUGACCAGCAGAAGAGGCCCCUCCUGGGGGGGGUGUUUGUGGACACCCACCAAACACAAGCACUGGUGCCAAAUACUGUGAAGGAAAAGGUGCAAGGGAAGGAAGUGAAGGUGAACAAGGAUGGGGAGCUGACUGUGUUGUCUGUGGGGAGAUUUCAAGUUGCUCAGAUCCCUGAGCAGAAACCCGCCACUGUGGAAACCAAGUCGUCAUCCCAUGAGCAGAGGAACUCCCUGUUUGGUGGGAAACACUUCUGCUCUUCAUCAUCCGGCAUCAGAAGGUGAAGACUCAGAGAUGCUGCUCGUUAAUGCUACCUCGCCGCAGACAACAUGGUCAUUCACUGAUGACGUGCCGGACGGCAAAGAGGGUGUUUUUAGGCGACUAACAGCAAAAAAAAAAAACAAAAGAAUCACCAGCUGCUUGAAGAAUUUGUUUGUAAUUACAGGAAAUCAGGAACAUAACUGUAUUUAUUAUUUGACCUUUGUGUUUUACAAGUGCGUGAAGCACACUUACAUAGAAGUUAAAAAAAUAGCUGCUCACUGUCCUGUCCUGUCUACAUGUCCUGUGGAAAGAGUUAAAAGGGCUUGAAAUAAGCACUAUUGACACUUGAAAGAAAGAUGAGAAGGAAAAAACAAAGGAAUGAACGUUGGAUGCACCCACAACCCCUGUACGUGUGCUUCCAUCUAAAAAAACGGCAACACUGCAGGGUUCUGACAGACACAGGCUGACGAAAACACUAAAUUUAGACUUAGACCAUUAACUCACUCCGGAUUAUAUAACACGCAACUCACACAGCAGCGGGAGUGUAACAACUCCUCACAUCCGGCCAAGUUGUCUGUCGUCAGGUGUCACAUGAAUUCAGCCUGAGCAAACCCCCGUUUGAAACCGAGAUCUUUAUGGCGCUCGAUCAAAGCCCCCCGUAGCACUACAGCAAGUAUUAUGAAGAAAAAAGUUACGAAAUGUAAUAUAAUUUCAAUGUUUUAAAUAUUUUUAUAAGUUUUGUGUUUCAGCUUUGCUUGCUUCUACUCACAUAGAAAGUGCAGUUUGGCUUGUAGGCCUCGAGGAGGUCCGGGUUUGGGAAAUCAGGGGGCCCUGUGUUGUUUUAGGGCCCCGUAUAUUGUAUCACACCAGCUUCACUGACAAAGCACUCCGGUAGCAGUUAAAUCACAUUUGUACAGUAGAACGCGUAAAGACGUGUACAUAUGUAAAUAUGGGUA